AGCCUCCGCCGACGCCACCCGCCUACGUCAACCGAGGGACGCACGGGCAUUCGAUAACUUUAAACAACAACAACAACAACAAACAAACAUUCCCCAAACCUCGGUUCUCUUCCUCCGUGCGAUGGGGGUGACGCGCCCAUUGCCGAGCUCGCGUUGGACAUAACGAGGGAGGGAAGGAGGAAAGGCUCGUAAACUCAACCGGGGGACCCACCCCUUGCGGCCUUGUCUACCGCGCCGUGUUCGGUGCGCCAUGGAGCGGCAGCGCGUCUAUCCGAGGCUCGGCGUCCCCGCGGCGCUCGCGAGGCUGACGGCUCGCGUCUCGCUGUCCUGCGCGGCGCCGCUCGCUGCAGCGGCGAGGCAAUUCCCCGUGUCGUUCGCCACCCUGACGCUGCUUGCCACGCUCACUUUGCUACUCAACAGGUACCUGCACAUCUUCAUGGUGUUUUGGUCCUUCCUGGCGGGGCUGGCAACAUUUUACUAUGCGCUCAGCCCGGAGACUCUGGUCCCAAACCUGCUGUUUCUCAUAAGCAAGAAGCAGGAUGCGGAUGGAUCGUCUAGACCGAUUGGGUGUGCUGUUUGCGGCGACGUGAAAUGCAACAGGCAUAGGCCUACACUUUCGCUGGAAAGCAUGCAGCCCUGGCUCGACUUGAAGGUUCCUCAAAAGGUGGAUGCAUCCUUAGCAGAGUUGUUGGAGCUUGUGCUGAAGAAUUUCAUCUAUCCUUGGUACAGCGAUUUCACGGACGAUGAGGCUCUGGUGGACGAGCUACGCCUCACAAUGCGUUUUGCCGCCGCUGUGCUGCUCCGUCGAACCAAGAAGAUAGAUGUUCCCUCCCUCAUCACGGACAAGUUGCUCAAGGUGGCCAUGAAGCACAUUGAGAUCGUGGUGCGAGCCAAGCAGAAAGUGCGCAACACGGACGCCCUGCAGCAGGCAGCUCUGGAGGCGUAUGGGCCCGACCUGCACCUGGCCCUCCGCAGCCGGCGCUCCGAGCUGCGCUACCUGCGCACGCUGACCGAGAUGCUGCUUCCGCAGCUGAUCCCGCACAGCACGGCCGACACCAAGUCUCUGAUGCUGCUUGUGAGAGAGGUGGUGUCGGGCUCCGUGCUGCUGCCCUUGCUGGACCAGCUGGCCUCACCCGACUUUGUGAACUUCUUGAUUUUGCUCUUUUUGGAUGAAACCCCGAUGAUAGACUCGACGGAGCCAUCCUCACCCCUUGUGCCGUUUUUGGAAAAGUUUGUGCAGCCAAGGACAAAGUCCUUCACCGUGCUCAAGCUGGAGCUGAAGGAAAUUCGCAAGACCCAGGAGUUGCUCUUCCUCUUCAUGAAGUUCCUGAAGAGCCAGGCGGUCGUGCAUGUGCUGCAGUUCUGUCUCUCCGUGGAGGACUUCAACGACAAGCUAAUCCGGCCGGACCUGAGCGACACCGAGAUGCAGGAGUUGCACGCCGAGGUCUGCUGCCUGUACCGCACUUAUUGCUGCGACGGCAGCGUCGACAAGAUCAAGUUUGACCCUGCCGUGGUGGCGGGACUCGCUACAGUGGUGCACGGACCAUACGGCGACGUGGUGAGGCUGCAGAACACGCCGCACCUGUUCCAGGCGUACGAGCACGUGCUGGCGCUCUUGGAGAACGUGUUCACCCCCAUGUUCUGGCAGAGCGACGAGUAUUUCAGGUACAUGAUCGGAGAUGAGAACUUGAACUCCACCCAGGGAAAGAUGAUGAAAGGAAGCUUGUCCAUAGAGGAUGGCAGGCAGCUGAACCGGCGCGGCGGUGAGACCUUUGGAAUCGGCCGCAUCAGCAGCAAGUUCAAGCAUGUGUUCAAGAGCAAUACGCUGGAGGGAGGCCUGCCCGUCAUGGAGGACCCAGACGAGCUGGGCCUGCAGGUGGAGGAGGCGAACAUGGUGGAGGAGGACGACUUCCUGGAGGACGCGGCGGCGGCCGCGGCGAUGCUGGCACAGCAACAGCCGCCGGCGCCGCGCGAUCUCUCGUCGUGGCGUGUGUGCGCCGUCUCGCUGGACGUGGGCUUUGACGACGCCCGCAAGGAGAAGACCUUCCUCUUCCUCAUCGAGGUUCAGCGCCUGGACGGAAAGCCCGAUGAGCCCGGACACAAUCACUGGACUGUGAAGCGCAAAUACGACGAGUUCUACGCUCUGCAGACCAAGCUCACGGAAUUCCACGGAUCCUUCCCCGAUGCUCAGCUGCCUCCAAAGAAGGUGAUCGGCUCAAAGGGUUUCGAGUUUAUGGAGUCCAAGACUAAGGGCUUCGAGCUAUACCUGCAGAGCUUACUGCAGCACCCGACGCUCACACACAGCCAGCUCCUCGUCGACUUCCUGUCCCGUGACGGAGAGGCGCAGUUCUCCGACAAGACCUUCCCAGACGUCAAUAUCGGAAAAAUCUUCAAAGCGGUCCCUCGGCUGAUGAAAGAGAGAGGGCAGCACCUGGAGCCCUUCAUCCAGUCUUUUGUGGUCUCCUGCGAAGCACCCAAGCCCAAGCCCGGCAAGAACGAGAUCACCGUCCUCAGCCCGAGCCAGAAGUGCGAUGCGAAGAUCUUCAGCCCACUCUUCGGCGACAAUGCCAGCCGCGUUGACGGCUGUGACAAGAAGAGGGGCCCAAACUUCUUCGUGGAGGAGAGGACCGUGAGCGGAAUCUAUGACUACCUCUUGUUCGUGGGCCGAAUAGUGUUCAAGAUACCCGAUUGGUUGCACCAGCUGCUGAUGGGGGGGCGCAUCCUGCUGAAGCACACGCUGGAGGCCUACUGCGACCACUACCUGGCCUACAAGAUAGGCCAGCUGCUGCAGGAGCACCGGCUGGAGGAGCUCCUGCACCUGCUUAGAGACGUCCUGUUCUUUGACAAAGACCCUUCCCGCACUCCCGAAGAGCAGCGUCUCCGAGCCCAGCAGACAUUCCAGGGCAUGAUGGCCUACAUUCCAGACAUGCUGGUGAGGUGCAUCGGAGAGGACGCCCGGUACGAGGGAAUCAAGCUACUGUUUGAUGGGCUGCAGCAGCCUCUGCUCAACAAGCAGCUCACCUAUCUGUUGCUGGACAUCGUCGUGCUGGAACUCUUCCCAGAGAUCGACCAGAAGCUGAAGUGACUCGCCGCCGAUGUCAAUACCUGCCGUCCCGAGCACGAGUCCCACAGAUUGAUGCUGCCGCGGGUGUCGCAUUUCAAAGCUGCGAUGUCAGCCCCAAUAAACGCCUGGCAUCUGUAGGCUACCUCGUAAACACGGCUCAUAGCAUACGCCCGCUCAAACACGGCAGAAUUCCUUCCCGUGGAAAAGCAUUUCAUGGUGAAACAUAAUGCCCGCAUUUUAAUGGUUUGUUUGUUCCCGGCAAUCGCAAUGAUGUGGCUACCAUGAGCUGUCAUUACUCCAGUCUGGGUUCACAGCCUCUUAAAUUGCGUAGUUUUGGUGUGAGUGGCCAUACAUGCUUUUUAAACUAUUAAACGAAAUUUUUUAAAUACCAGGUAAGGCCCAUUGAAAAAUAUAGCUCCUUUUCAGAAGCAACCUGGCCACAAAUGAUAGCUCAAUGUAGUGGCUUAUGUGGAAAUUUAUAGCAGCCAAAUACUCUUAAACACAUGUUUCUAAAUGUGGAGGGAAAAACCAGAUGACCUGGAGAAUAAUUCAUGCGACCAUGGGGAGAACAUGCAGACUUCAAAUAUACAGGCAUCAGGGUCGGGAUUGAACCCACAACCUCCUGUUGUACCAGGCGAGAUAUUCAACAUCUAAACCACGAUGGCGCCCUUUGUAUUAGAUGUAUAAAUAAUUAUUAGUCAAUCAAGGUAGAUGCUUACAUUCCGGUUACAUGUCUCGAGUCGUGCAUUUCAUGGUCUAGUUUUUUUACGAUAUAUUUAAAUUAAGUGAAAAUAUAAUCUUUCGGCUAAUGGAACGAAUUAGACAACUUGAUAAAAGACAAGGCGGACAAUACGAGAUUGUACGAAUGAGAUUAAAAAAAAAGUUCUUGAAUCUAAUCACAACCCCAAAUUGUGAUAAUUCAUCGAAUGUUGGGUGGAUUGUAAUAUGCCUAAUAAUGAGAGCCCUUCAGCACCAUGGCACUGAAGUGGCUGAUUAGCACGGUUGGCUACGUACGGUGUGAAUAAAGUUUAACAGACACAUGUACAUACUACUUACAUCCAGAUGCUCUGAUGUCAAUGGUGAAGCAGCUCUGAAAACUAGUAUGUCCGGAACAUACAUUUAUCGCUGUUCGCUUAAAAGCAACGAAUUGUAAUCAGUGGCGCAGCUAUUGAGUAUGCAGGCUAUACAACUGCACUGGCACGCAUAGAGUCAGAGGGGCAUAGGCUUGCUGGGCUCUGAAGAAGAGGAGAGGGGGAUUUGACAGGGGUGGGUCCCCAUUUCAUUCCUUGCACCAGGGCCCAAGGCUAACCCAUGCUACGCCACUGAUAGUAAGUGUUCGGAUAAGAAUCGUCAUUAUUUAUGUUUGCUGUGGAUGUGCGAAGUAAAGCGUUGUAGUGCCUAAAUUGCUUUAUAAAUAUCGCUCAACAUGGUUCACUGUGGUACAAGACCACCUCAAAUGCUGGGCCAAUAUGUGGUCUCAAGACUUGAUAAAGUAUUUAAAAGAAUUACUUCAUUAAUUGAAUACAAGCAAAUAUCUUGAGCAUUUUUCUUUUUGCAUGACACUGAAUGUUUGUUUUAUUUUCGUGAUAUUGGAACACCGACAACUAGAAGCUUAAUCUUGAUUUGAAGCUUUCGUGACUGCAGGAAUCCAUACUCUUUGGUUCUUUCGGUAAAGUCACGAGCUUGUGUAUUACACUUGUGCAGUACGGAAUUACAAGUUAACAGUUUGACUCCCUUUAAUUCCUGAUGACGGGUAAACUCUACUGUUUUGAAGUUCAUUCUAGCAAUACUACAGAACCAUAUUCAAGGUUUGGUAACCACAACCUAAACUGUGGUUUUAUGGCACUUAUCAGUGGCUUAUGAAGCCAUUAAUGAGAUUCGGUGCAAUUUAAAUUCGAACACUUGACCACCGGGGCAAGUCUUUGCUGGAAAAAAACUUACUUUGGAUUGUUUCCUUGGUCAUACCUGCCUAUCCAACUCAGAGCACUCUUCUGCCUCUGAGUGCAGGCAAUUGGAUCACCACACUUGACCAAUGUACAUACAUUUAUAAGCUAAUGUUCACCCAGUUCGACAGAUAUAUGCUUAAUUCCAUUCUGUGUGUCUGCAUACAAAUUGAAAUAUUUUAAAGUCCAUCGGCCUUAGUGGCUUUACAGACCAAUUGUCGCACGGAAGGAACGGAGUUCUGCUUAUAUUUAAUUUUACCCGCAAUGCUUGAUAGCUAGGCAAAAAAGUUUAUAUUUACUUUCCGUACAGUUCCCCUAUAUUCCAAAAUAUUGCACUUCAAUUGUAGGACAUUGUACGUGCGUAUGAUCUGGUACAAGGCCCUCUUGCUACAUGAGAGCAUAAUGGUUAUUUUCCACAGCACUGUCAACAGUUGAAGAGUGUUGAUUUUUUUUGUCAGCGUAGUCUACUGCCACCUUGAAUUGGAUGAAGGACCUGAACAUCCAACUGUGACAUUCUGCUGACAGCCGCGUGCGGUCGACUGUGUAUUACCCGAGCCACAUGUCAGUCGAUAAGAACGUAGUCCGCAUGUGAAUCGUAGAGGCAAUAUGUGCUGCCAUACUGGGGCUGUGACGAUUGGUGCAAGAUUGCAUCGGUUUUCACCGUUGUGUUGUGUAGGAGCGGGUACAAACCAAAUACUCACAUUGGAGAGCUAAACUUAUCAUUUGUAUGCUGUCAAUGUGAGGUUUGUCAUUUGCGGAUUUCAAAACGCACUUGCGUGCAAAUGAACUGUCUUGCAUGAAUUACACAUCGGCAUGACAAUGCCUUUGAAUUGUAAAAAUCCGUGGAAAUUCACUUGAGUUUGAGAGUUUACCAAACAUUGUGAAAAUAAUUGCAUUUUGUAAGCAUUUCUUGGCAAUUCAUGUGGCGUGCACUUGCCUUAUCUGUAGGCCUACACUUUACAAUCUUUGGAUGUACUUCAGUUGUGUAAGAAUUGUAUAUUGGUAGCAUAAAUGUGAUUUAAAUAUGA